AUGGCCACGGAGAAGAGCAUGUAUGGAGUGCCCGCCGCUGCCUCGACUGUUCAUGAUUACAGCGAAGUACCUCUGUCCGAUCAUGGCAAUACUCCCAACCAGAAGACCGCCACUGCAACAACCACUACAGCCGUGUCUAGAGAAGAUGACAGUCUCAUUGCAAAUGAGAAUGGCGUGGCCCAACCCGAUCGUGACCUGAAGGCCGCAAUAUGGACAAUCGUACGCGGUGUAGCACUGCCGUGCAUCCCGAUCAUCGCCGUCUCAGUGGCACUACUUGCCAUGGUUCUCACAAAACGCAUCAAGAUUGAGUCCGGCUGGCCCGAGUUGAGGCUCGCUGCUGCGGUCGAUGAUGAUCAUACAUUCGCACACAAAAUCCGGGAGCUUAGGCAUGAAGCUGGACGGUGGGCAUACUAUACCGACCGCAACCCCACCACCAUCACCACGGUCGCUUCCUGGACAAGCAGAGUUCUGCCUUAUCUGACCAGCUCGAUCAUGGCCUUGGUUGCUUUCUUUGCCGCCCGUAGCAUUGCUACGAAAUCCAAGCAUAGUGGUGGUGACGACCUGCCGACGCCCACGGAAGUCACUCUAUUGAUCAAUCUGCUUAGCGGUAAGGAUCUAGCCCCGCUGAAAGAUACAUUGCUACACCGUUGGGCAUACAAGAAGAAGUUGGCAGACCCAAUCCCAUUGGCAUUUACGGCUUCGUCCCUGAUUACUUUUGUCGGAAUCUCGAUUCCGAUCAUUGAUACUUGGUUCGGUAUCUCGACCACCCCUCAGACAAUUGUUGUCUUGAGCAACAACACCGACGGCCCACACCAGUAUGGAAGAUCAUUAUCAACCACACUUUGUCCACAAGGCCCCGGGAGUUUCGUAGCCAGUAGCGGCCUGCAGUGGAUCCCGUGUAAUCUCGCUGUAGACGAGGAAAACAAUGGAGAUCGACUGGCAGAUCCCUCCUUCCAGCUCAUCGGAGCAGAUAACGCAGCCAGGGUGGCACAGAAUUUGGGCAUGGAUAACACAGUCGGCUUAUACAAAGACAUCUGGGGCUCGGAGAGGCCCUACUACUACUAUCUUCAAGACCCUUAG